AUAAACACACUGGAAAGGAGGACACGGAUAUGACGUACGAUUCCACGCGGAAGUCACCGACGCGACUGCAGGACAAGGGUGUUUAGAAGCAAUAAGCGUUCUUGGUACAAUGGGUCGUCACUUCGGAGAUUUGGCCAAGAUCAGACAUGUGAUUACCUACAGCAUUUCCCCCUUUGAGCAAAGGGCUUUCCCAAACUACUUUUCAAAAGGAAUCCCCAAUGUGUGGAGAAGAUUCACAUCAUCUGUGUUCAAGGUUGCACCACCCAUGGUUCUGAUGUACCUGACCUACACAUGGGGCAAUCGUGUCCAUGAACAGGGCAAAAGAAAAAACCCGGCAGACUAUGAGAAUGAUCAGUGACACUACUUAGUUGGAGAUGUGUCCAUGUGUAACUUCUUGUUUCUGUACAAUUCAUCAAUAAAGAAAAUAUUUAUGAAAAUGUA